AUGUCUCCGUCCCAAAACCAAAAGCGCAACCGCAGUAACCAUGCACCUUAUCUCUCUCCGACCGAACCCUCGCCUCACCCAUACUCUCCCGAAGAUCUCCUCUUACAUCUAACACAUUCGACUUCCCCAGACACCGUCGUAGAGACGACUGAAACUUACGAUGCCAGCUCUUACGAAUCAGACGAAGGUUAUUACAACGCAACUCAAACCGAAACCAGUCAAUCAGACGAUGACGAGGACGUUGAUAUGAUAGAUUCGAGCCUUGCCGAGACAGAUCCUACGACAAAAGCAUUAAAGAACGAAUUAAAUGGUGUCAGAAGCAAAAUAACCCAAAUUGAGACAAGAAUUGCUACGUUAGAACACUGUAUGUUUGCGGUACGAGAGAGAGAGAUAAAUAAAGAAUAUGAAGCCAUAGAAGCAGGCCAUCAUCCUAAAUUUGAAGCUAUUCAUACGGCUCUGCUUGCUCAAAGAGACAAGCGAUUACAUUUGGCCAACGCCUGGCUCAGGUAUGGCAAGGAGCGAGCAAAGAAUGUACAGGAGGGGAUGGUUAAGCAAGCGUCUGAUGACUUCAAGUGGCAACUGAAACAUUUGAAACUGAGUAUGAUUCAAGAUAGGAAAGACAAGAUACAGAAGCUCAAAGCAGAGUACAGUGCUUUGUUGAAAAAUCCUACGAAAUACGCACCGAAAAACCUCAAAUAUCCCAAGAUGGGAACGUUCCCGCGAAUGGGCGUAUUUAAUGAUAAUUCACGAGUAAUAGAAUCACGCUCAAAGACUAAUCGCCUGGCCGCGCAUGUUAGGAGACCGGUUAACAAGAGCUGGAUAAUAAAUGCCUGGCUUGGAUCAGAUUCGGACUCGGGAGAAGCAAUGGAUGGAGAGAAUAAUGCAAGAGGUCCUAUAAUGUCUGGUAGAAUGCCCGUUGAGCGUCCGGUAGUCAACCAUUGUCCGAGAUCGUUUACCAUGGAUGAAUACCUUCGGAGAAGGUGUUCGGAUUAA